AUGGCAUUCAAAGAGCCAGCCUUUCGACAUGCCCUGGCAGCAACCGGCGUGGAUCCCGGCAUACUCAGCAACCGAAUUAGCCAUGUUUUCAACUUACGAGGACCAAGCGCUGUAAUAAACACCGCUUGUUCUUCGUCUCUUUAUGCGAUACACAACGCUUGCACUGCGCUGCGAAAUCAGGAAUGUUCUGCUGCGGUAGUAGGUGGCGUGAACCUUGUCCUUACCAUUGAUCAGCACAUGAAUACGGCGAAGCUAGGCGUGCUGUCAAAAACGUCAACUUCUCAUACUUUUGAUGCCUCUGCCGAUGGCUACGGUCGUGCUGAAGGCGUCGGUGCUGUCUAUUUGAAGCGUCUUCGGGGUGCUAUCCGCGAUGGUGACGCGAUCCGUGGUGUUCUCCGAUCCAGUGCGACCAACUACAACGGCAAGAUUGCCGGUGCUGGAAUUACAACACCUAACAUUGAAGGCCAAGAAGCUGUUGUUCGAAAUGCCUACCUUCGUGGGGGAAACUUGGAUGUUCGCUUGACCGGCCUUUUCGAGUGUCAUGGCACGGGCACAGUUCUCGGCGAUCCUCUUGAGGUGGAGGCUAUUUCCAAGGCUAUGAACAAAAACCGCAGAGAUGACGAUGAUCCUCUUAUUCUUGGGGCAGUUAAACCGAGUAUAGGCCACGGUGAGGCUGUCAGUGGCCUUUCAGCGUUGAUUAAGGCAGUGUUGGCCGUGGAGCGAGGCAUCAUUCCACCCACACGAGGAGUCAUGAACCCAACACCAGUGAUCAAAUGGGACGCUUGGCGGGUGUCCGUCUCACACGACCCUCAAUUUUUCCCAAGUAAACUACCAAUCAAGCGUGUCAGUGUCAACGCAUUUGGAUACGGUGGCACAAAUGCCCAUGUUAUUGUCGAGAGUGCCGACUCCAUCCUCACACUGCCCCAGACUUACAAGUAUCGCCACAUGAACAGGUCGGCCAAGUCGAUUCAAAUGCAGACCAAAGCAGAACGGUCUCGUCCAUAUCUCUUGGCUUUCUCUGCUCAUGAUAGUGCUACUCUUCGCCGUAAUAUUCAAGCUUUAGGAGGCGUCGUCCGAGACUAUGACUUGCUCGACGUGGCGUAUACGCUGGCAAAUCGCCGAACUCGAUUCAACAGCAGAGGAGUGGUUGUAGCGAGCUCUGAGACCGCCGAAAGUGAGUUUAGCCAAACACUCCAGACUUUCGACUUUCUCGAGAGCAAAUUCACAAGCAAGAAGCCCACGUUGGGGUUUGUCUUUACAGGGCAAGGCGCUCAGUGGGCUCGCAUGGGCGCAGAGCUUUUGGCAUACUACCCAAGCUUUGCGCACACUAUCCGUUUCCUUGAUACGACUCUGGGCCUUCUUCCCGAUGGUCCACUGUGGACGAUUGAAGAGCUUCUUCUCGAAAGCGCCGAGACAUCCCACGUUAACGAGGCUGAAUUCGCGCAGCCGUUAUGUACGGCUGUUCAAGUUGCCCUGGUAAAGCUACUGCAGGGAUGGAACGUACGCCCAAGAGUGUGUAUUGGCCACUCGUCAGGUGAAAUAGCAGCAGCUUUCACGUCUGGACUCAUAUCAUCUGCUGAUGCCAUUGUUGCUGCUUACUACCGAGGCAAGGUUAUGCGAGACGUGGGCGUCAAAGGAGCGAUGCUUGCUGUUGGUCUUGGUGCAGAAGAUGUUGCACCGUAUUUAAAGGAUUUGCAUGAACGAGCGACGAUUGCAUGUCACAACUCGCCGUCAAGCGUGACACUGAGCGGAGAUUCUGAAGCCAUUGAAGAAAUACGCCUGCAACUGGAUGCGGAACAGAGAUUCGCCAGAGUGCUGAAAACGAACGGCAAAGCAUAUCACUCUUCACACAUGGCGGCUGUUUCUACAAAAUAUGAAGAACUUAUGAAACAGGCUCGCGGAAAGUAUGAGACGUUUGAAUUCGACGUCCCUGGACAUGCCUUCAUGGUUUCUUCCGUGCACAACACGGUUCUACCAGCCAGCACGCGGCUCGACGAAAAGUACUGGAGUAAGAAUCUCCUGAGUCCUGUUCUCUUCAACCAAGCUAUGCAGACCGUGGCAACGUCAACUAAGUUUUCGGAUGUUGACUUGUUCAUUGAGAUUGGUCCGCACCCGGCUCUCUCUGGACCUAUACGACAAAUCAAGGCCGCAUGUCAGCUAGGGAAGUUGAAUUACCUGCCGUCGUUGGUUCGCAACAGAGACUCUGCUGCCUCUCUGUUGAAGCUCGCUGGAGAGUUGUUCCUUCGCAACCAUGAUAUCGACAUGCGUCGAGUUGCGGGCAUCGAAGAAAUGACAGGUAGUGGACAAGUCGUGCUCAAAACAGGCUGCUUCAUCACAGACCUGCCUACCUAUCAAUGGGACAAAACAAAGGAAUACUUAGCCGAGUCUCGCAUGAGCAAAGAACACUGA